CGCAUUACGCCAUUAUGCAGAUGCCCAGGGUGUUUAUUAUAAGGAGCAUCUAGUCUUAAAAUGCCAGUGCACCUUCCUGAUUUGAGAGUAAUCAAAGUGAAUCGAUUUGGAGGCUUGCGUCCAGGACGUUUGGCACCGCUGUCAUAGUGAUGAUGGCCCAGUAAGAUUUUUUAUUUGUAUUUAUUGUUUUAUUCUGGAACCUAAUUGCAGCGGAUGGGUGGUCAGUCAGUGCUCUUUUGCACUCUAUAAACUUGCAUGGCAGUUUUUCAGGAUAUAUAGUUCCCGCGCGCCGCGCUUCAUUCGCGGGCUUUCAUUAUCAUUCAUUUUUGUUCUUCUCUGAUGAUUAGCCUACUUGACACGGUGUUCACUGGAAAAGCAGUUGCAGCAGCAGCGACUCUAGUCGUGUAUGUACUCACGGUCCAAGCUUAAAGCUCAGCAACAGGAAGCGUCAAUCCUCUCCAUGUAUGGGCAAAGCCACGCCCACGUGCGCGUCAUCCUCUGACAGCCUGGAUCCCGUGGGUCUGGAGUUUUUGGCUCCCGGGAAAGGUUCCAGUCCUGGGGGAUAGAGGGUUGAGUUUUGUAUGCUUCCAUCCAUUCUGCAAAGACGCGCUAAAGGCCCCUCAUCAUCCUCUCCCGUGUCCGGGAACACCUCCACGGUGAUCAUUUACGCGUUUAUUUGUCUUUUGGAGCCAGAAGUGGUGGAUUCAGCAGUGUCCCGAAGCCUUUUUUGAUGCUGUUGUUAUAGGAUGCCACCAAGCUAAGAGCAUCAUCACAAUCAUCAUCAUCAUCAUCAUCAUCAACAACAACAACAACAGAAAGUUGCAAGAAAUGUUUAACUGAAUUAAAACAAGUCUAAUAUCCCUGCUCUUUGCGCGACUUGUUUCGCUUCUUCCACGGGAGGAUCUCCAUCUAUCCAAACAAGCUGCUGGAGAGGCUUGCGAAUCUUUACGCACUGAAUCGUUCAUGUGGUGCCAACGCAGGACGGACUGAAGAAGGAGUCGGGACUGCUUUUUCUUUUCUUCUUCUCUUUUCGACAAAUCCCAAACUAACUCUUACGGCUAUCCGAAGGGGCUCUUGGAGAAACGACGCGCCCUCGCUCACACUCUCAUUUCAUCUCUUUGGCUGGAAGUGGGUUGCACGCGAACUGUUUUAAUGUUUGGGAUUCAGGAAAAUAUACCAAGAGGGGGGACCACUAUGAAAGAGGAACCGCUGGGCAGUGGCAUGAACUCGGUCCGAUCGUGGCUGCACACGGCUGGGGUGGUGGAUGCGAACACGGCCGCCCAGAGUGGAGUUGGUCUGGCACGGGCGCACUAUGAGAAACAACCGCCAUCCAACCUCAGAAAAUCCAAUUUUUUCCACUUCGUCUUGGCGCUUUAUGACAGACAGGGACAGCCAGUGGAGAUCGAAAGGACAACUUAUGUGGACUUUGUGGAAAAGGAUAAAGAGCCUAACAGUGAAAAAACUAACAAUGGGAUACAUUACAAAAUACAACUAUUGUACAGCAACGGCGUCAGAACAGAACAGGAUCUUUAUGUUCGGUUAAUCGAUUCCAUGACAAAACAGGCUAUUAUUUAUGAAGGGCAAGAUAAAAACCCAGAAAUGUGCCGAGUUCUUCUCACACACGAAAUUAUGUGCAGUCGGUGUUGUGACAAAAAAAGCUGCGGAAACAGGAACGAAACGCCCUCAGACCCCGUGAUCAUCGACAGAUUCUUUUUGAAAUUCUUCCUCAAGUGUAACCAGAACUGCCUGAAGAAUGCAGGAAACCCACGGGACAUGCGCAGAUUCCAGGUCGUUGUAUCGACAACGGUUAAUGUGGAUGGUCACGUGUUGGCCGUGUCGGACAACAUGUUCGUCCACAACAACUCAAAACACGGCAGAAGAGCCCGCCGCCUUGACCCCUCAGAAGGUACGGCCACUCCUUAUCUGGAGAAUGCAGCUACCCCGUGCAUAAAGGCCAUUAGCCCCAGUGAAGGUUGGACCACUGGAGGAGCCACGGUCAUCAUCAUUGGCGAUAACUUCUUCGAUGGACUACAGGUCGUGUUUGGCACCAUGCUAGUAUGGAGUGAGCUCAUUACGCCCCAUGCCAUCCGAGUGCAGACCCCUCCAAGACACAUCCCAGGCGUCGUAGAGGUCACCUUGUCCUACAAGUCCAAGCAGUUCUGCAAAGGUGCACCGGGGCGAUUUGUGUAUACAGCUUUGAACGAACCAACUAUUGACUAUGGCUUCCAGAGACUGCAGAAGGUCAUUCCCAGACAUCCAGGUGAUCCUGAGAGGUUGCCCAAGGAGGUGUUGCUAAAGAGAGCCGCUGACCUUGUGGAAGCGCUGUACGGGAUGCCACACAACAACCAGGAGAUCAUCCUGAAGAGGGCCGCAGAUAUCGCAGAGGCUCUGUACAGCGUCCCACGUAACCACAACCAGAUCCCGUCCCUCGCCAACACGGCCUCUCACGGCGGAAUGAUGGGAGUCAACUCUUUCGGCGGUCAGCUCGCCGUCAACGUCUCAGAGACCUCACAAGUGGGCUACAGUCGCAACACGAGCAGCGUGUCGCCUCGCGGUUACGUGCCCAGCAGCACCCCGCAGCAGUCCAACUACAACACCGUCAGCAACAGCAUGAACGGCUAUGGCAACACGGGAAUGCCCAACUUGGGCGUGCCCAGUUCACCGGGCUUCUUGAACGGUUCCUCUGCAAACUCUCCCUACGGCAGUAAGUAUCAAGUAGUUCCGUCGAGCCCUACCAUGGCAGCCUCUUCGGUCAGCCUCUCUUCAAACUGUAGCAGUACACACGGCAUUUUCUCAUUCUCACCUGCCAAUGUCAUCUCUGCAGUGAAACAAAAAAGCGCCUUUGCUCCAGUUGUCAGGCCCCAAGCAUCUCCACCUCCUUCUUGCACCAGUGCAAAUGGCAAUGGACUUCAAGCUAUGUCCGGACUGGUGGUCCCACCCAUGUAAAUUGCACUCCCUUCCCUUGUAAAGCAGCCGCCUCCUCACUGGGACGAAGCGUAGUACGUUAUACGGAGGAUCCUCCUCGAAGUCGUCAUUCGUCAUGAAGUUAAUCAGCAACUAAUUCUGUUAUUCAGAGGAAAAAGACACUUUGUUUCAAAGAGUUUAUUCGAAAUUGACAUGCAAGCGACUUCGUCAUGAACAAUUUCAUUUUAUUGACUGAAUCUCUUGUCAUAUUUUCACGAUCUCGAAGGGGAAAAAAAAAAAAAUAACAAAACGUACCUAUUUUGUAUAAACAUUUCUGGUUUAAUCUUGGCUAUGUCUAGUUCUUGCUAUGUGUGGGAAGAAACAUUGUGGAUAUGCCAUUUGAUGAAAACACUGAUAAAAAAAAAUGUGUAAGAAUGUUUCUCUUUCACUGAUGUGCUGCCGCUGCACAUCUUCAUAAUGUGAAUUCAUUUUCCUUUUUUAUUAUUAUUAUUUUUUGUUUAUUGUUUUGCUUAUUUUUUAAAUUUUGAUUGUGGUAAUAAAAAGGGGGCCAAUAUAUACAGAGCCAAUAAACUGGAAAUAAUAUAAGAUAUAUGAUUUAUAAAUCAAAAAGAAAGGCAAGGAAGAAGGAACGAUGCGAGGAACCGGGAAAGGAGAUCUUAUCGUUCAGUUCGUUCGGCGGAAAUGAACUUUGUAACUUAUUGUAGGUAGAAGUUGUAACUUUGAUAUUG